CCAUCGCCGAAGUGGGCGGAGUCCCGUUCGACAUCCUGGAGCCGGUUCUGGAGCGAUGCACUCCGGAGCAGCUGUACCGCAUCGAGCAGAGCAACCAGUGCUUCACGGAGGACUCAGACGAGCUGUGGAUGCGUCACUGUCAGCGCGACUUCAAGCGGGAGACUCCUCAGGAGUUCGAGUCGUGGCGGGAGCUGUACCUGCGGCUGCACGACGAGCGCGACGAGCGCCUCCGCCUCCUCACCCAGAACAUCACCUCGGCCCAGGCCAACAAACCCAAAGGCCGGCGGGCRAAGAUGGCCUUCGUGAACUCCGUGGCCAAGCCGCCGCGGGACGUUCGGCGGCGUCAGGAGAAGUUCGGCACUUCCAGCGCCUCGACUGCAGCUGCUCCCUUCAAAAUAAAAGCACCUACCACCGAAUCCUCCGGUGAGUCAAGCCGCUCUUCUUCGUCCCUUUUAACUCCUCCUGCAGGUUCGGCCCGCUCCUCGGCGCCAGGCGGCGGCGGAGGAGGAGGAGGAGGAGGAGGAGGGGUGCCGCCGCAUGUGGGCCGGGAGAAGCCUCAAGUCAAAAAAAUCGCUCCCAUGAUGGCGAAAACCAUCAAAGCGUUCAAGAACAGAUUCUCCCGCCGGUAGUGUGACUCGGACCGACCCGACUCCACCAGUUUUACUUUGACUUCAGCAGAAUUUGAACCGGAGAGCUUCUUCCUCUGCGAGCGUGGAUCCCGAGCCGACAGACAGAGCUUCACAGAGCAGAGGCCUACGAAGGGUUAAUCCUGGAGACGAGCAGAGAGGCRCACAGGCAGCCUGCUCCCUGUUACUGCCCAGCAGCUCCUUUUAAACCUUUCUUUUUUUCUUUGUUUUUAAAGGAAUUUCACCUCACAGGAUGGGUUUCACCAACAGCAGCACAAAAACUGGAAACAGACGGGAACAUUUUACACUUUUAUCCUUUUCUCAUGAGAAAACACGGAGUUGAUCAAACCUUAACGAUCUGAUUGAUCUCAUGAUGUCACUCUUUGAGAGCGGCUCAUGAGAUACUGUGCUAACAGACAUUUAGCAUAAACAGUAUUAUCUGUUCGGACAUCGUGUUUGUGUGAACUGAUCCAGUUUUAGAACCUUUAAACUGACAUCAGUCCUCAGAAUAAAUUGUUAUAAUUGAAGCUCAGCUCAGUUUAAAGCUGCUUGAUUUGUGUUCGAAACACUUGAAAACAAGCAGAUGUUAUCAGUGUCUUUGCUUGCCGCCUCGGAUUAUUUUCCCGUUUUUUUUUUUUAGUUUUAUAGUUUUUUUUGGCACUUUACUACGUCGGCGUACUUUGUGCUGUUUUAGCUGUUGUUAAAUGAAAAUGUUCGGCUCAUUCAGGAGAUGAGUGCUGCAACAUUUGGUUUUUAUAACUUUUAUACUUUUUAAAAUUACUGACUUCGUUUGCAACACCUUCCAUUUUAAAAUACAUUAAGAUACUUCUGCUAAUGCUAAURUUCUGCUAAACGUAGCUAGCCUUUAGCUGUUUUUAACCAACCAGUUUUUACUUUGCUUUAGUUAGGUCUAGCAUUUAGCUAGUGUUUGCUACGUUUAAGUUUCUUCAGCAGAUUUCAUCAGAGUCAGAAGUGGGCGUCGGUUUCUCUGGUUGAAGUGUUUUUGAGCUGGGAUCAGAUGGAAACCAGGAGUCAUCUGAGUGUUUGGACUCUUCUGGGUCUGAAAGCGUCAGCUACAGGAAGUUACAUGUUUUCUCUGCACAGGUUUGUUUUAUUGUAACAGGACACAUAAAAGAAGUUUGAGCCAGGCUAGCAGUUUCCCUUUGUUUCCAGUCUUUGUGCUAAGCUAAGCUAACAAGCUGCUUGUUUUUACAAAUUGUCUUUUAUAAAAUAUUCAGAAAUCAAAUGGACAGUUUCCAAACUGUGAAAAUACUCAUUUUUAUCAGCUUUUAUUUCCUUUUUUUUUUGUCUUUAAGACCAAAUGACACUAAAAUGGGAAACUUCAGUCUAUUUAUGGCUUCAUGGCUGCUGGAAGAUUUGAAAGUGUUUUAUUUAAUCUUGUUUUUUUGUGGUACGUUUCAGUGUGCGAGGCUAAAAACAAACCAGAAACGUGUCUUGCUGUGUUCUUUGAGCGCUCCUGUGGCUUCAGAUCAGAUGUUUUCCUGCUGCUGAAUGAGUCUGUUUCUAUCUGCUUCACUGUGACAAACUGUUUGAAUGAGGGAUGAAGAGUCUGGAGGAAGAAGAAAGUUCAUAGGACGUCAGCAGCUUCAGUCCUCCAUCGUGAUGAAAUGUAUUUAUUUUAAACUAUGGGACCUGGUACCCUUCAACAUGGGCUCAAGUAGAUGAAAAACUGUAAUUUUAUUAGAUUUUAAUAAAUGUUCUAUGGUCAUUUUUAUUAAAAUUGACAUUUGCCCCUAAAAA